AUGGCACACUGGUGGCACCCCGAGCCAUACGCCGAAGACUACCAGCAAGCAGCCUACAAUGGCUUCCCUUUCCUCCCCGAAUUCGGCCAUCGCCGCACUGCACCUCGCGAAGAACCCUUCGUCCACUGGCGUCCAUCAGGUGCCGGUGGUCGUGGCUGGUAUCAAGGAGGUCGUAAGCUUCAUGGAUUCAAGUCGAAGAAGUACUGGGCUCGGCCAGUCGAUGGCGCUCGUCGUGGUACUCUGGGUCGCAUCAAAGACGGCCUGACAGGUGAAGGACCCGACAUCUUCGUCGUCGCAAACGGAGACCGCCGCACCCUCCACCGCGACAUGCCGUCUCGCAACCACUGGAGCCACUGGGACAGCACCGGGCUGCGCUGGCUUGACGAUGGAAGAGAUGCAAACUGGCGCAGUCCAGUCGAGGAUAUGGAUUGGUAUCCGCCAGGUAACUUGGGGUCGACGCCGUGGGCGCGGAGAGAUCGUGAUGAGGUGUACAAUUUCCGGACGAGGAGGUAUGAUGAUCUUCGGCCGGGCAACCAGUGGAAGUUUUGGAGUGAUGCGCAUUGGCCCAAGGGGCAGAGGAAGAGGUAUGGUGUGCCGACUGCGUGGAGGGAGUGGGAUGGGCAUUGGAAUACGACGGUUGAUGGGAGUGCUGGACGGUGGCCUGGUGGUAGGCCUUUGCGGUGUUGA